AAAGCAUGUAACACAGCGGUACUUUCAUCACUCAGUCGAAAAAAGUUUACGAAGGCAGAUGCUGUGAACCAUCAGCGUUUAGCUGAAUCUACCGUGACACUGCAAGGAAAAAGAACUAAACAUUAAAAUUAUCUCAUUAAUUUAUUUUCUAACACCUGAACUGAAAGGAUGGCGUAUAUUUUCAACAUCAUCUUUUGUCUCGCUGUUAUCAUCGCCAGUUCCGGAGCGGAUCAAACGUUCAGAGAACUUGACUGGUGGGAAAAUACAUUGAUCUAUCAAAUUUAUCCAAGAUCUUUUCAAGAUUCAAACGGAGAUGGCUAUGGUGAUUUGAAUGGAAUCACUGAGAGGCUAGACUACGUGAAAGAAAUAGGCGUGGAGACGGUUUGGAUCCAACCUAUUUAUAAAUCUCCGAUGACUGAUCUAGGGUAUGACGUUGCCGACUACAGAGCUAUCGAUCCGCUUUUUGGAAAUAUGGACGACUUUAAGAAAUUACUCAAAGGAAUACACGAUCGAGGAAUGAAAUUAAUCCUGGAUUUCGUGCCAAACCAUACAAGCGACCUAAGCGAAUGGUUCAAGCUCUCAGUACAACGCGUCGAACCGUACACUGACUUUUACGUCUGGAGAGACGCAAAGAAAAUUAACAAUACGCACUCAACUUAUCCGAACAAUUGGCGCAGUGUUUUCGGCGGUUCGGCCUGGAAAUGGAAUGAACAAAGGAAGCAGUACUACUUACAUCAAUUUACCGAAGGCCAAGUCGAGUUAGAUUUCCGCAAUCCUCGAGUCAGGACAGAAAUCGAAAAUGUGUUGAAAUUCUGGCUGGAUUUGGGCGUGGACGGUUUCAGAGUCGAUGCUCUCGGCUACGUCUACGAGGAAGAGCACUUCCUGGACGAGCCAUUCGUCAGAGAGGCGAGAGGAGACGAAACUGAUUACGUGACUCUUGAUCACAUUUACACCAUCAGCCAACCGGAAAAUUCAGGUCUGGUCAAAUCGUGGCGAGCUAUGCUAGAUGAUUACUCCAAAAAAGAUGGCCAAACACGGUUACUUUGCAUUGAGGACUACGGUUGGCCUAUUCUUCUUAGAAGCCAUCUAGGGAAUGAAACUAUUCCUGGUGCCCAAAUCUCCUUUUACGUCCGACUGGCUUGGAUGGAUUUCGAGGCAAACGCACCAGAGCUGGACAUUUGGAUCCAUAAUAUGACUGACGUUUUUCCAGCUCCUAAUUACAAUUGGGUGUUAGAUAACCACGACAAUAACCGAGUUAGCUCGAGAUACCAACCGGAGAGCGUGGACGCGUGGAACAUGUUGGCCUUGCUUUUGCCGGGAGUGGCGAGUAUAUAUUACGGGAGUGAGCUCGGCAUGCAGGAUAUCAAGCCGAGGAAGGAGCAACGCCAGGACCCCGGGAACCAAGGCAACGGCAGGACCGGGACCCGGGAUGGUCCAAGGGGUCCCAUGAUGUGGGACGAUACUAGGAAUGCUGGAUUCACAACGGCGAAGAAACCUUGGCUACCGGUGAAUCCUAACUACUGGGAGACUAACGUGGAGGCCCAAAGGCGGGAUCAUGGGAGUCAUCUCAACAUUUACAAACGCCUCGUAGCAUUGAGGAGAUCGCACGUUAUUCGAUAUGGAGAUCUGAACACUUACGUCCCCAAAGAUUGGGUCUACAUGUUCACGAGGUCAAUCGAUACCGAAAAAAUAGCAGUCCUAAUGAACAUUGGAUCAGAAACUGAGGAAGUUUGUGCCAAAUACUCAGCGAACCAUUUACCGGAAACAAUGUAUGUUCACACGAGCAGCAUCAACUCCGGUCUAGGAAUCGGAGAUAAAGUGAAAACAUUUGACUCGGACGAGAGUAAAUGCAUCAGAAUGAGGCCUUUCUCUGGUCUGGUUCUCAGCUCUAUCGCACAAUCACACAAUUUUGCCUCCCGAUCAUCAUACUCCAUAAUUAUCCUCCUUCUAGCGACCUGCUUCAAAAUACUCAUAUGAAUAUAACAAUGCUCCUCAAAUAAUGUUUUGAAACUUUGUUCCUUAAAAUUGUGACGGAGUCACGCUAGAGUAAGAUGGAAUAAUAAAAAGAAAUGUGAUAAUUUUA